AUGGAUACUGUUACUCGAAAUCAUUAUUAUGAUAUUGUUGAAAAAAUAUCAUCGUUGGCCGGUCAAUGGCCUUAUCAAAGACCAAAGUCGAGAUUGUUUUGUGUCAGCUUGGUGACUUUGAGCACAUUUUCUAUAAAUGUUCCACAGAUGGCCAAAUUUGUAACAUGUGACAAAGACUUGCCAUGUAUUUUUGAAACUAUGACAUCACUUAUGUUAGCAAUCAUGAGUUUGGUGAAACUAUACACGAGCUACCUUAACCGCUAUAAAAUGAAAGAUCUCACUGAUCGUUUGUACGUCGACUGGAAUGCAUUGGAAACUUCAGAAGAGUACAACAUUAUGAAGAAAUAUGCCAAGAAUGGUAGACGAUAUUCUUUAGGAUACUCAUUAUAUUGCUUUAUAGCUCUUUGUCUGUUCCUGUCAAUGUCUCUUCUACCGCAACUAUUGGAUGUUGUAUUACCUCUCAACAAAUCCCGCCCUAUUUUAUUAACGUAUCCAGGAUAUUACUUCGUCGAUGAAAGAGAAUACUUUUUCUACAUCUUCUUGCAUGCUAUCGUAGCCUGGGAAAUUUCUAUAACCGGAAUAGUCGCCCACGAUUGCAUAUUUGUAACUUACGUUGAACAUGUUUGCAGUAUGUUUGCUGUAGUCGGAUUUCGUCUCGAACAGUUAUUUUAUAAUCACAAUGACCAAAUGAAAACUAUAAAUACUAAUACGGAUGAUACAUGUCGCAAAAGAAUCGCGUUCAUUGUGCAUGCACAUCGAAAAGCUUUAAGGUACGCGCAACUUCUUGAAGAUACAUUUAGCGUACCUUUUGCUAUACAAAUAUUGAUAGUAACGAUAGGGAUGAGCAUCACUUUGCUACAAAUAAUGCAACAGAACGACACCAGUAAUAUUUUAGAAUCAAUGAGAUACGCAUUAUACGUUAUUGGUGAACUGAUACACUUAUUUUUUCUGAGUUUCGAAGGACAAAAACUGAUAGAUCAUAGUCUUCAGAUACGCGACAAAAUGUAA